GUUUUUGUCUAUAAAUUGCUGGAAACAUUCAGUUCAUUUCAUUUCGUUGCUGCCGUCUGCAGUAAUUCAGUAUUGUGGAAUAAUUUCUAAUAAACAAACGCUAAAAAUAGUCGAGGCAUCAGCUGUUCGCAUUGCAUAGAACGAACCGAUUUAGCAAUGCCAUUAUUGCAUAUAGCUUAGCAAAUAGAAAAGAGUAAACAACAACAAAGAUAAUAGAAGGAAAUCAGAGCAGGGAACACAAUGGUAAAUUUGACCUUGUUGUUGUGCCUUGUGCUGGGGCUUUGCUUCAGCUGCAGAGCCGAGAUAAAGCCGGAUAGCAACAACAAUGCAUUGGACCUGGACAUAGUUCACUAUCAGCCGGAGCAAGUGCAUCUAGCAUUUGGAGAACGCACCGCCAGCGAAAUUGUCGUUACAUGGUCGACGCGCAGCCUUCCGCCGUCGAGUGAUGAUGAGAGGAGCAGCGUUGUCGAAUAUGGACUCGGCGAUCUCAAGCAGCGCGCCUAUGGUGAGGCCAACAAGUUUGUGGAUGGCGGCGAAAAGCAGUCGACGCAAUACAUACACAGGGUGACGUUAAGGGAGCUGCAGGCAAACAGCAGCUAUGUGUACCACUGUGGCAGCAGCUACGGCUGGUCGGCAAAAUUUCAAUUUCGCACUGUGGCCAGCGCCGAGCCGGAUUGGUCGCCCUCGCUGGCCAUUUACGGCGAUAUGGGCAACGAGAACGCGCAAUCCUUGGCCCGACUGCAGCGGGAGACGCAGUUGGGCAUGUACGAUGCCAUCAUCCAUGUGGGUGACUUUGCCUACGAUAUGAAUACGCACAAUGCGCGAGUGGGCGAUGAGUUUAUGCGUCAGAUCGAAACGGUGGCCGCCUAUGUGCCCUACAUGGUUGUGCCCGGCAAUCACGAAGAGAAGUUCAACUUUUCGAAUUAUCGCGCACGCUUCAGCAUGCCCGGCGGCACCGAGAAUCUCUUCUAUAGCUUCAAUCUGGGACCCGUGCACUUCAUUGGCAUCUCCACGGAAGUCUACUAUUUCCUCAACUACGGCCUCAAGACGCUGGUCUUUCAAUACGAGUGGCUUAAGAGUGAUCUGGCCGAGGCAAAUCGGCCCGAGAAUCGCGCCAAGCGUCCGUGGAUCAUCAUCUACGGCCAUCGUCCGAUGUACUGCAGCAAUGAGAACGACAACGAUUGCACACACUCGGAGACAUUGACGCGCGUUGGCUGGCCCUUUGUCCACAUGUUUGGCCUUGAGCCGCUGCUCUACGAGUACGGCGUGGAUGUCGCGAUCUGGGCCCAUGAGCAUUCCUACGAACGAUUGUGGCCCAUCUAUGAUUACAAUGUGCGCAACGGUUCGCUCGGUUCUCCCUAUGAGAAUCCCCGAGCGCCGGUUCACAUCAUCACGGGCUCGGCGGGCUGCAAAGAGGGACGCGAACCCUUCAAGGGCAAGAUACCCGAGUGGAGUGCAUUCCAUAGCCAAGACUACGGUUACACGCGUCUCAAGGCGCACAAUGCCAGCCAUUUGUACUUUGAGCAGGUGUCCGAUGAUCAGCAGGGUGCGAUUAUUGACAAGUUCUGGCUAAUCAAGUCGCAGCACGGAAGUUAUAGCGAACCAUAGACCAAGAGAAUCUUCGAUACACACAAACAAACACACACACACACACAAUAGUUAAUUGAAUGAAGCAACUUGGCAGUAUUACAACAAAACAUAGCAAACAUUCUUAGCUGUAAUAGCAAAUCAACAAAUCAAUCCCAUAAACAACUGCAACUGCAAUUGCAAAUUGUAAAUUGCAAAUUCCAAUUCCCAGUACAACGCAACACAAACUGUAUUUGAAACUGAGGCACAAAACACUUUUUAUUUUAUGGAUUAGACAAUUUAUAAAAUAAUGUUAUGCUAAGGCGCAAAUCUGUCGAUGAUUUGUAAUUUUCACAUUCAAGGCAACUUUUGUUGCACUUUGUUAUUUGAUUUCUCAUUUUGUGUAAACAUUCAGGUUGCAUUAUCACUUUAUAUGCACAAAAGCUGAAGCGAACAAAUAUUUGCAUUUCUUUGUACGAUUUGACUUCAAGUCAAUAAUAUCUGACAAAUGUAUAAAAUCAUGUAAUCUUUUUUUUUUGUUUGUGACUUUAAACACCUUUAUAAUACGAGCUGGAAUACUUUUAAAUUGAAGUAAACUGAGCGCAAUAAAAUAAAUAUUUGAAUUGCAUUUCACUAAGCUUUCUACAAAAAGAAUGAUGUCUGAUACAUAAAUAUCAGAUUUCACGCAUUUGAAUGUCUAUCUAUAAGCUUUUCCUUUAUCACAAUUAAAGAUGUAAGAUUGUUUUAAGAUAAGAAUACACAAUUGUCCGAGUGAUCGAUAAGUUUUUGUAGUACGCAGAGCUCGUUAAAAAUUUGUCACCUAUUUCAAAUAAAAUAAAUUUGAAAGCAUAAAAAAACGGCGACUACAAUUCAAUAUGUAAUAUUGCUUUAAAAUAGAGAAUACACAACUGAUCUGCAUUUGUUCGAGUGAUCGAUAAGUUUUAUAGAACGUAAAAAUCGUUAAAAAUUCGUCACUUAUUUCGAAUUAAAUAUGUGAAAG